UUCCAAGACAUAGACUUGUCGCAGGGAAAUGACGUCACGCAACAUUGGCGUCAUGGCGGCUCUGCAAUCCAAAUGUGCGAGCUCUCUCUUUCCUAGCAUUUUCUGCGUUGUUCCACUCCUCUGAAUGCAUACAUUUGAAGCCACCCAACAGGAAGUGAUGCCUCAGAUUGGCGAUCCGAAGAUGGCGUUUGCCCACCUGCGCCCAGGGUGUGUCCUGCUGAGCCGCCAGCCCACGCUCCACAAUGUGGAGACCUUGAGCGGCCAGCUAAAAGAGGUGGAGCAUGCCACCUUGCAGCAGCUCCAAGACUACGUCCUCUUCCCGCUGCGCCUGGUGCUGAAGGGCGGUGGCGGGGCCAAGAAGGAGAAGGUGGUGCAAGCUGUGGUGGAAACCAUGACCCAGGUGCUGGAAAAGACUUGUGUCCAGAGCUGGGAGACACUGCGCCAGCUUUUCUCAGAGCUUUGUCUCUGCCUGUGUUCUCCAUGCGACCCCGGGAAGCCUGCAGAUACGUCGGAGGAGCUGAAGCUCGCCGUGCUGCGAUGCCUGGACGCUCUGCUCCACGCGGCCUAUGGCGACAUUGUCUUCAAACUCUUCCAAGCGGCCAUGCUGCCCGGCUUGGGGGCCGCCGUAUCACUGCUGCUGGCACUGGCUGAGAAGGACACCUGCCGAGAGGUCCAGGCGGCGGCCUUGAAGAGCCUCCAGGCGCUGACCAUGCAGUGCGACUGCAGUCAGGAUCACGUAGUGCCUUGCUCAGAGGAGAGGGAAGCGUUGGGCGCCAGCUUUGCCUCCUUCUUACCUGGAAUCGCUAGCAGCGUCGCCAGGAUGGUCACAGGAGACGUGAGGCAAGGCCAUGCCGUGACCGUAAGGGCCAUUAAGGUUUGGUCCAGGACCGUCAGUCUGGUCAUGGAAGACGCUCAGCUUCAGUCUAUCGAGCCUCAGAAGUCCUCCCGGGCACACCUGAGCAAGCUGGAGCAGCUGAUGGUGCAUCGCACGCUGGACUGGGUGAAGAAGACCUCGGAGAGGCUGUGCGUGCUCCUGAAGAGGAUAAUCUCCAGCACGGUGGCUCAUCAGCACUGGAGGGUUCGUCUGGAGGUGCUGGAGCUGGCGGACCACCUGCUGGACAGGUGUGGUGGGUCUCUGGGCCAAUGUGUGGGUCUGCUGCUGGAGGUGCUGGUGGGGGCCGUCAAUGAUGUGGAUCUUAGAGUCCGAGAGAGGUGUGAGCUUGCUCUGAGAGCGGCUUCUCAGACAAUUCAGAUGUCUUCCAAGACCAAGGAUACUGAAAGUAAAAGCAGCUUCACCGACGUCCUAUCGGAGAACCUGCACUCUCUGGCAACGUCCUUGCCCAGGCUGAUGCGCACCUAUGAUGACCAGAAGAAGCUCUUUGUCCUCAACGUCCUCCUGGGUUAUCUCAAGCUGCUGGGACCGCUGGUGUCUGUGGUCCUCAACUCAGCCGUGCAUCUCCACAGGAUCUCCAAAGCCCUCAUGCAGGUGCUGGAUUUGGACGUGACGGACGUUCGUAUUGUAGAAGAACGAGGUCACGGUGCCCUGAUAGGAACAGGUUCCGGUUCUCUGCACUGCGCGGACGUGCGGAGGAAGCGUUUCCUCUUCUUCACCGAUGACACCAUCUUCUCCGUGCUCACAGAGAUCUGUCAGACUUUAGGUUACUAUGGCAACAUUUAUUUGCUGACUGACCACUUUUUGGACCUGUACCGCCAGUCCUCGGUGUACAGGAAGCAGGCCGCCAUGGUUCUAAACCAGAUCAUCCGAGGUGCUGCAGAGGGAAGGUCUUCUGCUUCCCAAGAAGACCUUAAAGCUUCUGUCAUGUUGGUCCUGGAAGAAUACAUCAGCCCGAACAACUGGCAUGUGAACAUGGUCGCCGAGGACUCUGGCAGCCAUGGAAAGGACCAGAAGGUGAAGAACAACUGGCAUGUGAACAUGGUCGCCGAGGACUCUGGCAGCCAUGGACAGGACCAGAAGCUCCUGAUGUUCUCCUUGACCCACACUCCUCAGCCUUCCUCCUCCUCCAUGGCCACCCUGCGCCAGCUCAACAGCAACAUCUGGCAGGUGUGCAUCCAGCUGGAGGGCGUGGCAUGCUUGGCUCAGGCCCUCGGGCGGGACUUCCGUCCCCUGCUGAUGACAUCACUGUACCCUGUGCUGGAGAAAGCAGGGGAGGAGACGCUCCUCAUCGGCCAAGCGGCGCUCAAUGCCAUGUGGGCCAUCAGCGAGGCCUGCGGGUACUCGUCUCUCAAGGACAUGAUCGCUGAAAACUCAGACUACCUGCUUAAUGACAUCUCCCUCAACCUGCAGAGGCUCGGCCAGCAUCCGCAGGCUCCAGGUGUGCUGACGGUGAUGUUGAGACACAGUGACUGCUCUCUGCUGCCUCUAGUGGCAGACCUGCUCCAUGACGUGUUGAUGGCCCUGGACCUCAACUAUCAACACAUGGCUGCUACCUUCUGUUCUGUACUCUACUCUCUGAUGACAUCACUAGCAAAGUGGUUUCCCUCCAGUUGCAACAGGACCAAAAAGUCUUGUAGAAGCCAGCAGAACUCUGCUGACCAGGAAGUUUUUGAUGUCCGCCUCUUCCUGCUGGACUACCGCAAGCAGAAAGAUCUGGCAGAGGGCCUUGGAAUGGGGCAAGAUGACCUUGAUGAGGAGGACUAUGAUGGCGGUGGUCCAGAGGAGAAACCGGACCUUCCCUUGUCCCCUCCCCCCGCAGAGGAAGAGGAUGACUAUGAUGGUGGUGGUGCCGAGGAGAAAGCGGACCUUCCCUUGCACCUGAGCAUGAGCAAAGAAGUGAUGGAGCGAUGUAUUCACCUGUUGUCUGACUCCAGUCUGCAGCUACGACUCAAGGUACUGGAUGUACUGCAGCUGUGUAUUAGUGUACUUGCUAAGAGGGAAGAUGACUUGUUACCCCUGGCCCAUCGCUGCUGGCCCCCCCUUUUGCAGAGACUAACCGCUGAUGACCCCCCAGUUGUCCUCCAAGCCUUUAGGGUGCUGUGUACCCUGGCUGCCAGCUGUGGAGACUUCCUGCGGAGCAGAGUAUCCAAGGAGCUUGUGCCAAAGCUGAGCUCCUGGUUGACCCAGCAGGCUGGCAUCAGUGCCCAGGCAACACCCGUCUACUGCCAGUCUCUGGCCUACAAGAUGCAGCUGCUGCUCCUGGAGGGUCUGGGCCCCCUGUGCCAGAGCUUGGACCUGGCUGAAGCAGACUUGCAUGCAGUGAGUGAAGCGUGUCUUCCCUACCUGAGCUGCAGACAACCUGUCAGACUCCAACAGGCGUGUUUGAGAUGUUUCCAGAAGAUGAUCCAAGUGGAUCCAGACACUUUGUGGCUGACCCUCACUGAGCUGCACUGCUACCUCCCACACCCCCCACACCCCCACCUGCACCCCCUACAGCUGAGGGGGAGGGGCCGACCCAGAGACGAAUACUCGGACAAUGUCCUGCACCUGCUGAGGGAAGACUUUGACCACUGAUGUGAAGAAGAGCUUGAACACAACACGUUUAUAUUUGUCACAAAUUAUGGAACAUCAUUUUUACCCACUGGAAUAAAAUGUUUGAUGUACUGUCCCGUGGUCUGGUCAACACGUACACACAGUCACAUGGUCUGGUCAACACCAUUUGUAUCAUCUACAUCAACAAUAUUUGCCUGAGUGUAACUUUUUUAUGAUGUUUUCUUGGAGGUUCUUCUUGUUUUGUGCACAUUUUUCAAACAAAGCAAACAUGCUAUCAGGAUU